AUGGCGUUGGGCGUGGCCGGAGUGGCGGCGCUACUCUCGCUCUCCGUCUUCACCGGGGCCACCGCCGACACCAACUCCGACGACGUGACUGCCCUCAACACAUUCUACACAACCGUGAACACGUCGUCGCAGCUGACAAACUGGGUACCACAGAACGGCGACCCAUGUGGCCAGUCUUGGCUCGGGGUUACUUGUUCCGGUUCCAGAGUGACAACAAUAAAACUGCCUGGUAUGAGACUAAAAGGGACCCUGGGAUACAACAUGAAUCUCCUCACUGAACUGUCUGAGCUUGACGUGAGCAACAAUAAUCUUGGAGGAAGUGAUAUCCCUUAUAAUCUCCCACCAAAUCUUGAGAGACUAAAUCUUGAGAAUAACAACUUCAUUGGGACUUUACCUUACUCCAUUUCCCAAAUGGCUGCACUUAAAUAUUUAAAUCUUGGUCAUAAUCAGCUGUCAGACAUCAAUGUUAUGUUCGACCAACUCACCAACUUAACAACACUGGACUUCUCAUACAACUCCUUUUCUGGAAAUCUUCCUGAAAGCUUCGACUCCUUGACAAGUUUGAGCACGCUUUAUUUGCAGGACAACCAAUUUACUGGUACGAUAGAUGUCCUCACUGAUCUCCCUCUGACGGACCUAAAUGUUGCAAAUAACCAAUUCAGUGGGUCGAUUCCUGAUAAGCUGAAGAGCAUAAGCAAUCUCCAGACAAGUGGCAACUCCUUUAGCAACAGUCCUGCAUCAGCUGCAACAGCACCUCCGUCAUACAAUCCACCUUCGAAACCAUCACCUUCUAGAACUCCUAGUCAUAGUAACAAUAACAAUAGUCCAUCGAGAGAAAGUGAUACCAAUAAUGGUGGUGGUGAUGGCAAAAGCUCCAAAGUAGGAGUAGGAGGUGCUGCAGUUGCUGGAAUUGUGAUAUCUCUGGUGGUUGUCGGUGCAUUGGUUGCCUUCUUUCUGAUCAAGAGGAAAUCUGUGAGGCGUCAACAGGGAUGUGAUCCUGAAAAGAAUGAGCAUCUCAGCCCUCUUGCUUCCAGGAAAAUUAAGCAGCUGAGGCCCAUCCGUGCUGUCUCACUCUCGCCCACUGCAAAGGAACUGAAAAAGAAUGUCUCGAUGAACUUGAAACCACCGUCAAAAAUCGAGCUUCACAAGUCCUUCGACGAAAAUGAUCCCACUAACAAGCCUGCCGCAGAGAAAGUAAACGUCUCUUGCAUCAGGGCAACUGCAUACACAGUGGCAGACCUGCAGGUAGCAACGAAGAGCUUCAGUGCUGACAAUCUGGUCAGUGAAGGCCGUUUUGGCCGCGUUUACAGAGCACAGCUUUGUGAUCAGAAGAUUCUGGCUGUGAAGAAAAUCAAUUUCUCUGCCAUACCAGGCCACCCAUCUGACUUCUUCGUCGAGCUGGUUGGCAGCAUUGCAAAGCUAAAUCAUCCAAACCUCUCAGAGCUAGAUGGCUACUGCUUGGAGCACGGACAGUGCUUGCUGGCAUAUGAAUUCUACAAGAAUGGAUCUCUUUAUGACCUCCUCCACCUGUCGGAUGGGUACAGCAAACCAUUAUCUUGGAAUAACCGUGUAAAGAUUGCUCUAGGAUCGGCGAGGGCAUUAGAGUAUCUACAUGAAACUUGUUCGCCGUCUAUCAUCCACAAGAAUUUCAAAUCAUCUAACAUACUGUUGGAUGAUGAUCUUAACCCACAUAUUUCAGACUGCGGGUUUGCAGACCUAAUUCCCAACCAGGAACUCCAGGAAUCAGAUGAUAACUCGGGAUAUAGAGCUCCUGAGGUGACCAUGUCCGGUCAGUAUUCUCAAAAGAGCGACGUUUACAGCUUUGGUGUCAUCAUGCUUGAGCUACUGACUGGACAGAAAGCAUUUGACAGCUCUCGGCCAAGGUCCCAGCAAUCAUUAGUCCGGUGGGCUUCACUGCAGCUGCACGACAUCGACUCGCUAGAUCAGAUGGUUGAUCCAACAUUAGAGGGGCUGUACCAUGCGAAAUCACUCUCUCGGUUCGCAGACGCAAUCGCUCUCUGUGUCCAGCCUGAGCCAGAAUUCAGGCCACCAAUGUCGGAGGUCGUCCAGUCACUGGUCCGUCUUGUGCAGCGAGCAAGCAUGGGGACAGCACUAAGCAGCGAGUGGAAUUCUUGCCGGUUCGAUGAAUCUGGUGAUCACACGUUCUAG